AGCCUUGCGAUAUCUGUAGUGCGUAUUGCAAAUCUGCUCGUUCGCUCGUUGGCCCAGGCUUUUGUUCUAGAAAUGACGUGCUCUUGUUGGUGAUGAAGAAAUUGCUCCGACCAACGGAACCAUGCGCGUCGAAUCCGAUAAAAAGGUCUCUGUGUAACUGUCACCAACCAGCUACCCUCCCCCGAGCCUCCACUUCCCCACGUUGACUGUUGUCAUCCCCGGAGCGCGAUGUCGAAGUACGACCAAGAUAUCGAAUAUGCGGCCCGUUCCGAUGAGUAUGUUCCGGACAACAAGCCAAUCCUUGAGCCGCAACUUAAUGUUGGUGGUCACGGUGCGACCCAGCGCCGGUUACAAAACUACCAUGUUACUAUGAUUGGAUUCUGUUCCGGUAUUGGAACAGGUCUAUUCAUCGGAACAGGCUCCGCAUACGCGAACGCUGGGCCAGCAGGCCUGUUGCUUGCGUACACAAUUGUUGGCAGUGUUCUAUGGUGCGUUAUGCAGAGCGUUGCUGAGCUCGCCACAGUGAUCCCCACCGCUGGCUCCUUCCCUCAUUUCGCAACUCGCUUUAUUGACCCGGCUGUUGGCUUCUCCCUGGCUAUUAGUUACGGAUACUGCUACACCAUAUCUAUUGCAGCAGAAGCCUCGGCAUCAGCCAUUCUUGUCGGAUACUGGACCGAUCUCACUCCUGCCGUGGUCAUCACUAUCUCUCUGGUUCUCAUCCUUGCGAUCAACUUGAUGAGUGUGCGCUGGUUUGGCGAGUCUGAGGUCAUAGCUGGAACGAUCAAGGUGGCCUGCUUCCUAGGACUCGUAAUAGUAUCCAUCGUUAUCACAUCUGGCGGUGCACCCAAUGGUCAGACUACUGGAUUCCGCUACUGGCACUCUCCUGGAGCCUGGGUCGACUACAAUGGUAUUACUGGAUCCACCGGUCACUUCUUGGGCUUUCUGGCCGCGUUUGUCAACGCGUCGUUCUCGUUCAUCGGUGUUGAGGUUGUGGUCAUCACAGCAGCCGAGAGUGUGAACCCGCACAAAGCAAUCCCCAAGUCUGCCACCAACGUCACAUACCGCAUCGCACUCUUCUAUGUCCUCGGUGCCUUGCUCAUCGGCUUGAUUGUCGACCCUACAAACCCCGAUCUAGUUUCUGGCACUGGAAACUCCAACUCCUCACCUUGGGUUAUCGCCAUCAAGGAGGCCGGUAUUGGUGCUCUUCCUUCAAUCGUCAACGCCUGCAUUCUUAUCUCUGCCUGGUCCGCAGGCAAUUCCUAUUGCUGGGUCGGAUCCCGCAUGAUCUUGGCCAUGACUACGGAUCGCCAGUUGCCACAAUUCUUCGGGCGCACCUGGAGUAACGGCGUUCCUUGGGUAGCAGUGAUCGCUUCCUGGCUUUUUGGCCCUCUUGCCUACCUGAGUCUUGGCAGUGGCGGCGCAUCACAAGCCUUCGAUUGGCUGAUGAGCUUGAGUACCGUGGCUGGAUUGAUCGCAUGGGCAACUUUGUGUUUCUGCUACAUUCGGUUCUACGCUGCGAUGAAGGCCCAGAAGAUCAGCCGAGAGACUCUGCCUUGGAAGAGCCCGUUCCAGCCAUUCACAGCCUGGUAUGGGUUCGUGGGCGCUACAAUAAUCACACUGGUCACCGGUUUCCCUGUCUUCUUGAAAGGCAAUUGGAGUACAGCCGACUUCAUAGCAUCAUACGUUGGCAUUCCCAUCUUCAUUGUGCCUAUCAUCAUCUGGAAGAUAGUCUACAAGACGAAGUUCGCGCGUGCAAAGACUAUUGAUCUUUGGUCUGGACGCCUGCAAUGAGCUGAGAAUCUGAAAUUACCAACGACUUAAUAAGUAACAAAAAAGAAAACGAGUCUGAGCAAUCGGCACUCGGGUGAACGCUACCUAGAAACCUGCAGACGAAGCUUGUACGGUAAAGCGAAAGCUUAGAAGCAGUAGAUGCUUUGGAGCGAGCAAGGUGCAUGCGGAGCUACCAAUCAAGGCUCGUGAAGCUUCGGCUGUGGCUGGUGUUCGGUCGAUAAGAUUGGCUACUCGC